ACGUAGGUGCUAACGAGAUUGGAGGUCCCCUGAUUGUCCUCCAGUUCUGGGCUUGGGAGCAUAUCCAUGUAGGCAGACCAGGCAGACCUGCGAUACACCGUCGGGGGGAGCAGGACCAGGACGACCAGUACCAGGCGUACGAUGCUCCCCCGCUCCCUACACCGGAUGAGGCAUAUGGUUGCAGGUGGGUGGUACCCAGGCUGACGCAUGCUCAUGCGGCGAGGGGUCUUCCGUAUUACCGAGACGCCCUAGACCGACUCACCGAGGACCAGGUGACAUGGGACCCGUAUGUACCUGACUUGGUAGAUGCCAUGCCUCUAAAUCUGCUAGACCAUCAGGCGGAGUGGCGUGCUAGGGUCCCCCUGAUCUGUUUCGAGGUUGUGGAGAGUCACCUGCCCGACCGAGUCAUGAGGCAGUUUGGACUACGCCAGACUAUCCCACAGGGGUGUGACACUAGUGUACAGCUUCACGGCAUUGAUCGUCGGGGAAAGGGGGAGACCAGCUGGGCGCUGGAGCAUUGGCGUUUCCUUCAGCUAUGGGAGCAACGGUUGGAGUUCAUCGUUGGAGGUGAUCUAAUGCAGGGGGCUAUGGAUCCCGACGAUCCGUACAUGGUGUGGUACAGGCGUAUCACACGACGCUUCAUCAACCCCAGCUACGCACCACCAUCCACACAUUACCAUCCAGCAUAUGACAUCAUUAGCGGAUAUGCGGCGGAUAUGGUGGCGAUGGUUUAUGCGCUAUCAGUCUCCCUUGAGUGCGGACCCACUAGAGCCCAGGUCGAGCAGGUGCGAGAUAUGGGCGUCGCUACCUUACGGAGAUAUGGUCACGCUCAUCUCGCCCACCGGCGGGACGGUCAUGAUGGCAACUCACAGUUCGAUCUCGGCCAGAGCAGCGGUGGAUGUGAUCCUACGUCACCCAGACACGCAGAGGAUUACAACAUCCACAGUACUGCGCCCUCUGGUACCCAGGAGGACCCCUCGUCCAGUCAGCUGACUCCCCCACCGCCCCGAGACCCAUUCACCACCGUCACUCAUUACAGGCGGCGACGUGUCAGACGGAGGGCCGACACUCAGGAGGCAGGACCUUUACCCCGAAUAAAUGAGUCGGGCUAGUAUUAUCUGUUGUAUUCCCUGUUAUUUUGUGUAAUGAUGUACAUAACACUUAUGAAAUUAAUAUAAUAAAUCUUUUUUGAAUGACUCCGUGUGUGCUUUGAAGUUAAUUUGGUGGUUGGACUGUUGUUGGGCUGUUUCGAGUUUUCUGCAGUGCUUAAAGUUGACGGAACUCCCAGAAUAUGGUGGUGGUACGUGGUGGGGAGUGGCGGAGUUGGUGGUCGACGGUGGUGGGGUAGGGCUGUGGAGCUGGCUGUUGUGGUGGCUGUUGGAGGACUGCAGCAUGCAAGCUGUUUGCUGAAGCUUGUUUUCUGCCUGGAUGCUGGUUGCUGUUUCCAGCAGAAAAGCGCUGACUCAGACAGCGCUUUAUGUUCAAGCAUAAAGCGCUGUCUGAGACAGCGUUUUAUGUUCAAGCAUAAAGCGUUGUCUGAGUCAGCGCUUUAUGUUGAACAUAUAAAAUAGUUGUAGUUGAAUUUUUUUUUAAAAAAAAAACCAGGGGUAAAACGCUGUCCGAGACAGCGAUUUACCCUGGAAGCUU